GGAGUUGAUGUUACUGGGUGGUGAGAAGUGUUUUCAAAUACGCUCAUAGAUGUUAAUUUUCUGUAUCCAGUCAUAGGAUAGUAUGAUCUCGUAAUAUGAGACGGCUGAACAUAUGACCUGUGAGUACUGCAGCUGCGGUUGAGGUGAUUUUUGUAAAACUGCAUAAUCUAGUUUCGCGAGAUGUUAAUACUUAGGGUGUUUGGAAAGAAGAGUGAAACUGUUGCAGCCACGGAAGGCGAUUCAAAAAGGAUGGAUAAUUUUUCAUAUUUUGGUCAAGGUAUAGACUUCAAACAAAAAAUAGUCAACUUGGACGGCGUUCCUAUAAAGUUACAAAUAUGGGACACAGCGGGCGAGGAGAGAUUUCGUACCCUAACCACAGCUUAUUACAGAGGUGCCCAGGGCAUCGUGUUGGUCUAUGACGUCACGAACCUUGACUCCUUCAACCAUCUUUCGUACUGGCUAAGAAAUAUUGAGGAGAACGCAUCACCUGAGGUGGUCAAGGUUCUAGCGGGGAACAAAUGCGAGGUCACAGCGCAGCAGAGGGCGGUCGACAAGGAGAGAGGUCAGAAGUUGGCGGACAGCUUCGACAUGCCCUUCUACGAAGUCUCCUGUCGGGGGAACGUGAGCGUCCAGGAGACCUUCCUUACCCUCGCAAGGCUCAUCAGGGACCUGAGGCAGAGAAGGGCGAGCCUCUUCGAGGAGCGAGAGAGACAGAGCGAGGGCGUCAACUUGGCCGCUGACCAGAAAGACGACGCUGCCACGUCAGCCUGCGCGUCGUCCUGUUGAGGUCAACCGCUGUGUGUGACCUUUUAGACAGACAGACAGACAGAGAGAGAGAGAAAGAGAGCGAGAGAGAAAGAGAGCGUGAAAGAGACCGAGAGAAUGAACCGGAUUUUCGGCGCAGUGGUUGACCUUUGCUGACCCAGGAAGAAUGGUGACCAGUGGGUUCUCACAUUAUGACGGAUUCCUUGAGAGUUUGUUUUCUAGGACGAGGAAGGGUUGUAGGAGUUUUGGGGAGGGGCCGGGUUGUU